AUGUGGGCUACUGUACUGAGUUGGCUGUUCUUCGGCUGGUACUGUCUCCUGUGGUCGCUCUUCCUCCUUGGGCUGCGAGUAGCGCGAAAACGCUACUCCCGCUCGCCAGCAUCCCAACUUCCACCGCCGCCCCUCCCUGCAUCCUCGGCACCGGGCGUCUCGAUCCUGCGACCACUCCGAGGACUCGACUGCAACCUCUACGAGAACCUCGAGGCGUCCUUCUUGCAGGACUACCCCAAGUUUGAGAUCAUCUUCUCGGUCGCGGACGAGGCAGAUGCCGCGAUCCCUAUUGUCGAGGAGUUGCGGCGGAAGUACCCCAAGGUGCCUGCCAAGCUGAUCAUCGGCGAGGAGAUUGUCGGCGUCAACCCGAAGAUCAACAACCUCAUCCGCCCAUACCGCGCGGCAACUCACGACCUACUUUGGAUCCUUGACUCGAACGUCCUGACCUCACCUCAAUGUCUCUCCCGCUCCGUUCCCCUCUUCUCCCAACCCGCUCGAGGCGGCCGCCAAGUCGGUCUCGUCCACCAUCUCCCGUUUGCCGUCUACCCCGACACGCUCGUCGGCUCCCGCGUCGAGCAGGUCUACCUCUGCUCCACGCAUGCCAAGAUGUACCUCGCCAUCAAUGAGGUCGCCAUCGCUUCGUGCGUUACGGGCAAGUCCUGCCUGUACCGCCGAACAGACCUCAUCCGAGCUUCGGAGCUCAAGCGCCAGCGAGGCAAGCUGCCGCUUCCUCCGCCUGGCGUCACAGACGAGCCUGGACUCGCUGCGUUCGGUCAGUACCUGGGCGAGGACAACGAGAUUGGCGUUGCGCUCUGGGAGGAGCUGGGGCUGAGACACGCGAUGGGUGUCGAGGUCGCUGGCAACGCGGUCGGAACGAUGUCCUUCGGCAAGUAUUUCCGCAGGCGAGUGCGGUGGAUCCGAGUCCGCAAGUACAUGGUGACCGCCUCGACCCUCGUCGAACCGCUCACCGAAGGCGUCCUCACCGCCAUCCUCGGCGCGCUCGCCUUCAAGCACCUGUUCUCCGUCCCCUCGUGGCUCUUCAUCCCGCUCCAUACCCUCGCUUGGUAUCAGCUCGACGUCUCUCUCUACCGGUCCCUGCUCCCCGCUUCGCCCGCAACGUCGACCGUCACUCGACCUCCGGCACACGAUGGCCCUUCCUUCGCCUACUUCAAGGCCUGGGCGCUGCGCGAGCUCCUCGCCCUGCCGAUCUGGCUGUUCGCGAUGCUUGGCGACACAGUUGGCUGGCGGGACGAAGGAACUGUCUAUCGCGUGCAGCGGGAUGGGAGCGUGAGGGCGCUGAAGGACGGCGAGAGCGAAGCGCUGGUCGAGCGGCUGUGGCAGCGGAUUUCGACGAGGUGGUUGGCCGGAAGGGGCGGACUGAACGGGUAUGUGACGCUCAGCCCGGACGACGUAGAGGCACGGGCAUCCUCGCACAUCGAGCCGCGGUAG